AUAUGUAAAUGUUUACGUCACGGCCGCGUCAUCAAAAAUUUCGUCCAGUAUAAUCUGUGGUGUACGGUGUGUGUCGUGGUAAAUUGAGUUUAGUCCCGUACGUGCCGUAACAAUGGAGAUUUUAAAUGAUCUGUUCAAUUUACAGUCCACGACCGUUGCGAUUAUUGCCGCGGUUGUGGUCGGCUUUUCCCUUCUGACCUUUAUAUUUGGUUUUCAAUCGGUAAAACAACCACCGUUCCGUAAACUAACCACCGAAGAUAAGAAGCAGGCGAACAAGAAACGCAAGACCAAAGAAAAGAAAACUACCGCAAACGGUCACAUAACCAGCGAAGCUAAGAACGAAAAAUCCCCAGCUAAAGAAGCCAAGAAGUCCCCAGCUAAGGAUGUGUCAGAAACCCCAAAACAAAAGGACAAGAAAGCAGACAACAAACAGUCUGAGAAGAAUAAGAAGAAUGAGACCCUGAAAGCAAAGUCUAUUGAAGAGGCAAAGAACAAGAAAAAUCUAAAGAAACCUGUUGUUGAGAAGCCUGUUGAUUAUGAUGAUGGUGAUUGGGAGACUGUCUUCAGCAAGGGCGACAAAAAGAAGAAGCAGGAAUUAUCACCAGCCAAGAAGGACAAGAAAAAUAAGAAAAAUGCCAAAAUCGAAAAUGCUGAAAUUGACAAAUUUGUGAAAGAAGUCGUCAACAAGGAGCUCCGCGAAAAGGAGAAGGAGGUGAAAGUAGCUAAGAAGGCUGAGGAAGAGUCCAAGAAAAUUGAAGCAGUUAUUGAGGCACCAGUUGUUGAAGAAAAAAAGGAAAAGAAAGAGAAGAAGGCCAAGAAAGAGACUGCUGAAAAGGUGGUGGACAACAAAAAAGCUACUGCUCCAAAGGAGCAGCCGAAAGUUGAAGUUGCUGAAGAGAAGGUUGAAGCUAAACAACCUGCUUCUGGAGCUGCUUUUGAUGAACUUGGUGAUGUUUGGACGGAGGCGAAAGUACCGAAAAAGAGUAAGAAAAAAGCCCGUAGAGACAACUAAAUCGCAUUUUAGACACUUAGCAGAGUGAAAAUAAACAAACUGUGUACUAAUUGUACACAGUAAAUCACAAAAAGACUAUUAGUAUGAAUUUUCAGGUUUCCAAUGACAGUUGUUUCCUGAACGAACUGAAAGGAAAAGCGAAUUAUUUAUAUUUCAUCAAAUGGUGGUGAUUUAAAAAAAAUCAAUUUUGACACAUACUCUUGAUACUUUUUAAAAUGACCACUUUAUGCAAUAUGACUAAGUGAUUGAUAAUUCAAUGGCAUGAUUCAUUCAUAAUUUAAAACUAAGGCUUUUUGUAUAUAAACUUGUAAUUUUACUGAUCAAAUAUGUCUGGCUGCUAAAUCAUAUUCAUGCAUUCCAUCAACAGAAGUAGACAUAUGUAAUUAGUUUCUAGGACUUAAAUUAAGGUGUAAGACUUGUGUGCCAAUGUGAAAAAAAAAUCAAAUUAUUGUUUAACUUAUCCAAUGAAAAAUAAUGGCCUUAUAGUGUGCGGCAUAAGUUGCAAAAUAUUUUUAAUAAUAUAUUUUUGCGAUAACGUUAAGGAUGUAAGAAUCGUAUUUUUAAUGUCUUCCAUCUCUUAUUUAUUGUAUUUUUGUGUGUAUGAUCUUUAGUUUUUCUCUAAGGGCAUACUUUCGUGUCUUUGCUCAAUUUAAUUAAUCAAAUAUCAUUCAUUUUUUCAGUAACAUUUUUCAAUGUUUAAGUUUGUUCUAACUAGAACUUUCAUAAAAUCCAAAUCAAGAUUUACCAGUAUAUAUGGCUUUACGAUCUAGUUAGAGUUCUCUUAAAAUUACACAUGUUGUCGUGCUGCAUACCUCGCAACAAGUUUCAAUUUGUGUCUUGCCAAAUUUAUAUCUAUUUCUUGGUGAUUUUACUCAUUAAGUUUAGCAAUAAAAUACAUCUCUCUCUGUGUGUAUUUGGACAUCUGUGCAUUUAAUAUCUUUAUGGUACAUAACUUAUUGAAAACUAUGUAUUUUUAACGGGUACUCAUUUUUAAUACUUUUUUAGUGUUUUAGUAAAACUUUUUUGUAUUCUCUUGUUUUUUUAUUAUUUGUUUUUAGUUAUUUUGUUUAAUAUUUUAUAAAAAGCGAUAGUCUAUUUUAUAAUAAAAUUAAUCUUCAGAUAUAAAAACACUUACAGGGUGUAUAAAAUAAAUUAAUAAUAAUUUUUUGUAAAUGAUAUAGAUAUUUAUUAUAUGUAUGUAAAUACAGUACAAUCGGAUGUAACACACUUUUGUAAGGAUUCUUAUAUUUUGUUACAUAAUUUUUAGGAAAUACCCAUUAUACAUACCUAUGUGUUUGAAAAUAGUGAAACAACUUCUGGAUUAGUUUUUGUAUAUAUGUAUUUGUGUUUAUAAAAUUAUACAUUACUGUUGUAAUAUAAUGUAUUAGGUCUGUGGAGUGUUAUCUUUUUGGGGACCAUUUUGAAAAUAUAUUUUAAAAAUGUA